AUGCCGGGAAUCCCGUGGAAAUCACUAGCAUGCGCUAAUUGUAAAAAACGCAAAGUAAAGUGCGAUCUUCAGCAACCCGAAUGUGCACGAUGCGUCAAACGAGGCACGCCCUGUCCGGGACUGGACAAGUCUCGAGUGUUUUUCAACCACACUUCAGAACUAUCGUCCAAUGCAAACCAGGCGGUCGCUGCACGAUCCCAGCAUGCUCGGCCCCCAACUAUCUCGCCUUCCAUCGGCACCAGCCCUGAAAUCCGCAACCAGCUCUACUCGUCCUUUCUGGGCGCGUAUUUCCCCGUGGACAUCCGCAGCCCGGCCAACCACGAUAGUUGGCAUUUUCUCAUGGAGCAGUUCCCCACGCUUGUCCGCAAGAGCGAGAUGUUUGACCGGUCCAUAUGUGCCUUGUCUUCAGUUCUUCUGGGCAAAACCAACAAUGAUGCUCGCUUGAUUCAAUAUGGAAUCCAAAUCUACAAUAGUGCCUUGGGCAUGCUGUCGCGCACCAUCCAUCGCGGCUCUCCCCCGUUUGAUGACCUUAUCUAUACCACGGUGGUUUUCCAGAUCUAUGAGGCCCUCUUCUGUCCAUCGGGGUUCGCGGCUUGGAUGGCCCAUAAGAACGGGACCAAUGCCUUGUUAAAGAAAUACUACAGUCAGGCUAAUCACGGCAAUCCCCUGAUUAAAGCAAUAUAUCGUCAGCAACAGCUAGGAGCAAUAUGGUACGCCGUCGGGAAAGACCCGGCAAUGAUCGACUGGGAGUUUGUGACGCGCUCCUUCGAGCAAGACUCCCUCGACGAGUUAUUAAAAGGGUUCAUCGAAUGCACCUUUCUCAUUCAUUCGGUGAACAAAAUCGAGGAGUCACCCCAUGAUAAUCGGGCUGGGUCCCUACAACGGUCCUGUCUCAAACUCGAGAAAAAGCUAAUGACAUGGUACGACGACCGCGAAGCGACAAUAGGCGGCCGGCCCUCGCCAGGAGGCCGAUCCAAAUUUAACACCCUCCCACGCUCGCUGCAAGCCGGCUGUCAUAUGUUCCCGGUUCCAUACUGGUUUGCCUCACUCGACACCGCACGCCUCCAUCUCCUGUAUUGGACGGCUCUUGUUCUAGUCUACCCGUUGAUCUACCGCACUCAGGUAAUCAUGGGAUCUGAAGACACAGAGGCCUUCCCCUCGGUCGAUCUUGCUACGGCGGAGUACUAUGCCAAUGAGAUCUGUCGGUCUGUGCCGUAUUGUCUGCAGCAGGACAAACGGAUUUGGAGUGGACAGUUGCUGUUGUUUCCCUUGACUUGGGCCUCUAAAUUCUUUUGCUAUUAUGGAUACCGCGAGAAGUACCUGUGGUGUCAGCAUGUUUUUGAUGCUCUGGCGGGGCUGGGGUUUGGAGUCGCCCAGUUUUUAAAGAUUCCACCGUCGCCUCCUACGCAUUCUGCGGAGGGGAAUAAUUCGAGGGGAGAUCAGAGAAAUGGGAGGGUGCUGGAAGAGGGUGAACAGAGGAUAGUUGACGUUCAAUGA